AUGGCCGCCGUGCAAAAAUCCGGGGAGGGGUCAAACCCCCGCGGCAUUCCUCUUGCCCCCUUCGUCGACAAUGUCGGCGACUACGUCUCCUCACGAAGCGAAGUCGAAGGCACAUUAAAAUCCUUCCAGGAGAUGAUAUCCAAAUACCAAUUCAUGGAAAUGAACACGCAGCGCCGCACCGUCGGUCUGAAAGAAAAGAUUCCAGAUAUUCAAAAGACGCUUGAAAUGGUCAAAUUCUUAAAGAUGCGCCGCGACAAGGAUGAUGAUGACGACUCAGACGAGGAAGAAGAGGGGCUACUAGAGACGAAUUUCGAAUUGAAUGAUACACUGUAUGCGCGCGCUACUAUUUCAAAAAAGGAUACAGAUGAGGUCUAUCUGUGGCUCGGCGCAAAUGUCAUGCUCGCAUACCCGAUUGACGAAGCCCAGACGAUGUUGACGGAGAAACUGCGCGCGGCAGAGUUGAGUUUGAGUAAUUGUGAGGAGGAUUUGGAGUUUUUGCGGGAGCAAAUUACGACCCUCGAAGUUGCGACGGCUCGUGUGUACAACUGGGACGUGGUGCAGAGGCGCAAAGACAAGGCAGAGGGAAAAGGGGAUGACGAGGACAAGGGGGAUUCUGCUGGAUAG